AGUGUAGCAAAGGAAGACCCACCUCUUUGGGGUUUCCUUGAUGCUUUGUCUCUGCUCACAUGAGUGGAAAUGCCCUGUUCUUCCUCGAAGUCAUGUGGCAUUGUAUUGGAACAAGACUUAUGUCUAAUUUCCAGGCUUAAGCUUUUCCUAGUAUCUUCUGCUGCCAGUCUUUUGCCCCAGUAUUAACAAAGUUUGGACAAAUCCCAAAAUUACCUCUGAACUCCACAACAAAAGCAGAAGCUAGACAUAAUGCAGUCCUGUUAGUCUCAUCAGGCAAAUACCUCCUUUAAAUACAUCAAAACUCAGCUACCCUUAAUUUUUUUUCCAGAAAUGACACAUGUAUCCUAAAAUUCAUAUGGAAAUGCUAGGGACCCAGAAUAGCCAGAAAAAAGUUGGAGGACUAAAGAUAAGGGCCAAAACUAUAAAUUCAGCUAAAAUAAGGAAAUAGUUUAGAGGAGAAAGAAGGAAAUAGAAUUAUUAGACAUGUCACAACUGUAAGCAAAAGCAGAAAAGAGACAGACAUGGGAGCAGAGGUGGGUUCAAGGCCAGCCUGGACUACAUAGCAAGCUGCAGGCAGAAUAAAAGGAAAAUAGUUUGAUCGCUGGAGAUAAAGUGCUUUUAUGAGGCAGAGUAUCAAGAAGAGAAUGUGGUGGGAUGAGAGAAGGCAGGAGUGACAGCCAGGCAGCAAUGGGCCUUGAAUGGAGCCAGCAGGCAUGGGAGGACCUGGCCACCACAGCCCUUUGGGAGCAGCAGCAGUCAAGCGCAGUUACUCUUCACCUCAACUAGUACCUGUAGGUCAUUUUCCUCUGGGGUUUUGAAGACUAAGUUUCUUUCUAGUCUCCUCUUUAUGACACCAGUUAAAAGGUCUAUAUACAGUCCCUCAGAUUUAUCUUGAAGUCAGCUUCAGAAACUUACUUUUCAUGGACCAGCUUUGUGCCAGGAUGUCCAGCAGAUGGCAGCAGAGUCCUCAGAGUUCAGAGCCAUGCACCAAGACUAUUGGCUUCCUAGGGAUGCAAUCAAUGUGUCGCUUUCAUUUUGUUUUUUUCCUUUUUGGGGGAAGACAGUUUCGUGUAGCUCAAACUUCGUAUGUAGCAGAGAUUGAACAUUUUUUAGUUUAUUCUUUGACAAUUUUCGUACAUGUAUGUGCACAGUGUAUUGUUUCCCCUCACUUUCUGCCCUCCUCAGAUCUCCUUCCACCCUGUCAACUUCCUCUCUUCCACACAAGUCCUUUUUUUCCAUCUUUUCAUUUUGUUGUGUUGUGAUCCACUGAUUUUAUCUGAGACUAUCUGUGAUCUGUCUAUUGGGACCUAGACAAUGACUGCCUUACCAUCAGAAUCCAUCCCAACCAAUUGUUCAGCAAGGAGAGAUAGGGCCCCUUGAUCCCCUUCCCAUUCAGUGAUUGCUCCGUGAUAGUCACUUUUGUAGGCCCUGUGCAGGCAGUUGUAGCUACUGUCAAGACUGGGUGUGCUGUGUCUGUGCAAUGGCUAUGCUCUGCCCUGAAGAUUGCAUUUCUCAGUCCUCUGCCUUCCAGCUUGGCACUCUGUUCCCUUUUCUGGUGUUCCUAAUUGUUGAGGGAUAUGCACUCAGCAGUCACUUGUUCUCAGCACCUGAGCACAAUGUGGAUGGAUGGAGAGCCACAGGAGGCUGAGUGUCAGUAUUGAAUUUCUGAUCCUCUUGUGUGUACCUCUGUCCCUAGAGUGUUAGGAUUACAGGUGUGGGCCACCUCACCUGGUUUAUGUCUUGCUGGGUAUUUAACCCAGGGCUAUAUUUGCAUAUUAGGUAAGCAUUCUACCAACUGAACUACAUUUCCAGGCCAUUUUUAACUUUGUUAGAACCAUAUCUUAAAAAUGAAAUUAUGGUGGCACAUGCCUUUAAUCCCAGCACUUGGGAAGCAGAGGCAGACAAAUUUAUGAGUUCAAGGCCAGCCUGGUCUACAGAGUGAGUUCCAGGACAGCCAGGGCUACACACAGAAAUCCUGUCUUGAAAAAAAAAAAAGAAAUUAAUUUUUUUAUUGAACUUAAUAUAUUCAGAACAUCUUAGUAUACAUUCAGGAUACAGAAAACAUCAAGAGGUACUUUGUUUCUUUUUUAAAAAGCUUAGAUAGAUAGAUAGAUAGAUACAUACAUACAUACAUACGUACAUACGUACAUACAUACAUACAUAGAUAGUCAGGGGUUCUGUAUAUGUAUAAUCCCUGGCUGUAUUGAAACUUGCUAUGUAAACCAGGCUGGCAACAAACUCAGAGAUCAGACUGCUUUGCCUCCCAAAUGCUGGGAAUAAUGGUGUGUACCAUCACACCUGCUUUUGGUUUUGUAUUAUGUGUGAAAGCCUGCAUGUAUAUGUGUACCACGUGUGUAUUUGAUGCCCUCAGAGGGCAGAAGAGGGUGCCAUCUCCUGGAGCUGGAGUUACAAGUAGAGCUGCUCUGUGGGUGUUACGGACAGAGUCCUCUGCAAGAGGACCAAACACUAACAACUGCUAAGCCACACUUCCCUAUUGUUUUCAUACUAAAUUCCAGAGUGCACUGUAGCCCGCAGUGUAGCCGAGCUUGCAUACUCAUUUUCCACCAGAUACACUUUUAUCUGUAUUUAGGUGUCAUAAAGCAGUUGAAAAGUACUAAACUCAUAUCCAGGUUGUCCCAAACAUAUAAAUUUUCUGAUAGUUGAAUUGAGUGAAGUUUUAAAUUUAAGAAUUUUUGGUGGUGUGUGUUUUGAGGUGUCAGGUUUGCCUUGCACAUGUUUGUCAUGUGCUGUCAUUGAGCUACAGCUCCAGUUUCAGCUUUUAAGCUCAAAAUUUUGUUACUGUGUGUAUCUCUGUAUGGGGUCAGAGGACAACUUGGUAGGGUUGGUUUUCCUGUUCCACCUUUACAUGGGUUAGCUCCAGGUUCAAGUUUAGGUUGCUAGGUCUCUCAAGCACUUUGCUCAGCUGCCUGCCCCCUUUCCCACCAAGUGUUAAAUUUACAUCAGGGAAAUUGAAGUUGAAUCCUUUUGUUGUGCUAACUUGUGUGCAGGACUGCUCCAAAUAACCAUUUGCUGGCUUUGCGGUCCCUGUACUUUGUCUUCCCAUUAAUGACCAAAGACUGGCAAGCCAGUUUCUCCCAGGUGCACAUCCAAGACUUAUGACCGUGUCUGAAUUGGAAGUGGUUAAGCCUACAGGAGAAUGUUCUCAUGUCUUCUCUGCAUGUCUGGAGAGCAGAGCAAACCAUUGAGAAGACUGCUCUGAGUUCCUUGUUUUCACUGUAACCUCUCCUCUGGGCCUUGUGUGUUUUGGCGCAGUUCCUUUGAAUUGGUGUACUGAAUCAUUCUGCUGGCCUGUAGAAUGCCCAAAGGAGAGCAUUUGAAUCCAUAUACAUGAGGUGCCUGCUGCACUUAGCUAUACAUUUGCCAGAGGCGUGGCUAAUUCCCCUGGGUUGCUCUUCAGCUGGUCUGGUUGUGACAUACAGAUGAGGCAGUGGAAUUUAGAAUCCGGAACAGGGGUGGGUACUGGUCUUUACAGUUAACACAACAGGAUAGCCACACCAUAUGUGGCUCAAGUUUCCUUUUGAACCAGUAAGGCAAGCUGAGUCAGUUAUAUGCCAGACUGUUCACAUAAAAUGCUACAUAGCCAAGGCUUUUGUCAGUAGGCCGCAGGCAGAUCUUCCACCCUCAGGUCACUAACUACAAAGAAACUGAUGGCUCAGUGACCUUUGAGGGUGAUUUCUGCAUGUGCACUCCAUCUUUCCCUGAGGCUUCUCUGUAGGUAAGAGCUUCUGACCCACUUGUGAAGACACUUGCCAGAGUGCUGAGUCUUUACAGCUGAGUGUCCCUCUCCCUCGAGAUGGACAGUGUCACCUAGCAGUAUGCCUACCCAGACAACAUGAACCAGAUCAAAAGUAACCGAGAACUGUACCUGCAAUACUCAGCCUCAGCCCCCAAACUGCUGGCGCACGUCUCCAAACUCCUCAUUUUUUGCCGCAACUCGGGCAUUUCCAUCCCAAAGGGCAUUAGGAAUAUUUUUGAGUUCACCUGGGAGGAGCUCAUCAACGACCCUGCAGUGCCCACUGCCUCCGAGAUUCAGGAUCUGGUGGUCACUUUUGGAACUCCUACAGUGGUGCUUGCAGAAGUGAUCCCAGUACAGGUCCUCCCCAUGCAGAAGAAGCAACCCCCACCUGCCCCACCACCUACACUAAUGCCCGCAGCCACCAGUGGGGGCAAGUACGUCCCCCCCACCUCCACCUCUGCUAAGCUGAUGCCCAAUGGCCAAAACACCCUGCACAAGUUCCAGCGACAAUCCAUCCACCUGUUGACAGAACUGCUUUCCCUGAAGAUGAAGGCCAUGGUGGAGUCUGCCUCUGCAGGUGCCAAUCCUUUGGACAUCACCAAGCGCUUUGUGGAGGCCAGCCAACUCCUCCAUCUCAACGCAAAGGAGAUGGCCUUUGACUGCCUGACUGGCACUGUUGGGAAAAGCUGUUUAAGUACAGCACAGCUGGGGAAAGAAUCCUCCAUGAACAUUUCUGCUAUGGGAGUGAACACACCUUACCAGCUGGUCUACCAGACUUCUACAGCCUGCCUGAGCUUCUCCCUCUGCACGGGAAAGGAAAGCAGGAAGAAAGAUAUUGGAGCAAAGCCAAAGCCCGUGGAUGAUGUCUCGCCUCAGCCCGUCCGAGCCCGGACCCCUCCUGAAAACACUGUUGUUGAGUUGCCUGACCCCUGCCCCGAGGCCCGGGAAAAGCUGCAGGAUAUGUGUCGCCAUAUAGAGGCCGAAAGGAUCUUAUGGAGAGGGAGGAAUGCCUCCUGCCCCAUGAUUUUUCGAAACUACAGGUCAAGGAUAUCCUCUCAUUUAAUGUUGGCCUCCAAGGGGGACUCUCACCAUCCUCUCACUACGGGGACUCAGAUUACUGCUUCCGCACCUCACCAGCCUUCCAGCCAGCAUGCUCAAAUGGGCCGCCAUUCUCAAGAGUGGAAGGGGCCCAAGAAGCCCAUCAAGCUGCAUUACACGUUCUAUGAUGGUUCCUCCUUCAUUUACUAUCCCUCGGGAAAUAUUGCCUUACUUCAGAUUCCCACGUGCUGCAGAGGGAAACCCAUCACCUGCCUCUUUAAUGACAUGCCCAAUACCUUCCUGGCUCUGUUCAAUGCUGAAGGCCUGGGCUGUGUUUACUACAACCUGAAGAACUGCUGUCCAUAUGUCUUGGUUUUGGAUGAAGAAGGUGGGAUCACAAAUGACCAAAAGGGCUACAUAGUCCACAGAUGGAGCUGGGCCAGCAAGACAGAGACAUUGCUCUCUCUGGAAUACAAGGUGAAUGAACAAAUGAAGCUCACAGUCUUGGGGCAGGACUCCAUCACCGUCACCUUCACCUCCAUGAAUGAGACGGUAACAAUCAGUGUGUCACCCAAAAGCUGUCCCCAUAACGUGCUGCAUGACAAACGGCCAGUUCGCAGGAUCAGCCUCAUGGAUGAAAAGGUGUCAAAGACAAACAGAGCCCUGGCUGAGAUCAAGAAGCGGUUUCAGAAGACUGUGACUCAGUUUAUGAACUCUGUGUUGCUGGCAGCAGGUCUGUUCACCUUAGAAUAUCCCAACCCAAAAGAAACAGAAACUAGUCGGGUCAAGUUGAAACCCGGGUCUAAUCAGGAUCGGAUCCGUAAGACAAGUUUAUACCAAGGAGAAAACCAUAUGCGAAUCCAGUCAGCCCGACAGGACUCCAUAAUUAACGAGACACUGAAGGAGGAUUCUAUACUCACAUCCUUGGCCCAUGUUCAAAAGAAGAACGGCAAAGUCCAGGUCAAAGUCUUACCAAGAGGGAAGCGCAGAGAGGUGCGCAGCCCCACCAGAUGGGCAGCCUCACCCUCUGACUGCCCACUGGUGCUGCGGAGGCUCAUUCUCAAGGAAGACAUCCGGGCUGGCUGCAAAUGUAUUGUGAAGGCACCCCUGGUGUCCGACUUGGAGCUGGAGCGUUUCCUGUCUGCACCCCGGGACCCCAACCAAGUGCUGGUAUUUGGAAUAAUGUCUAGCCAGGAUCCCACGCUCACCGCACAGCUGCAGUGGCUGAUGGAUACACUGUAUAGCCAUCUGCAGCAGGGCCGGUCUUCACCCUGCAUCCAGUGCCGGCAUGACCCUUACCGCCUGCUGCGGUAUGACCUGGACAGCCCGCUGCAGAAGGAUCCUCCCCUAAUGGUGAAGAAGUUUGCGGUGAUACACGGGAUGGUUUUGAUGUUUGCUGGGGGCAAGCUCCUAUUUGGGGGCUGUGUGCUAAAUGGCUACGGCUUCAGCAAGCAGAAUCUGCUGAAACAGAUCUUCCGGGCUCAACAGGAUUGCAAGAUGGGCUACUUCCUGCCAGACAACUACAAAUUCAAGCAUGACGCUUUUAAAGCAUCCAGAAUAGCCAAACCGUGUGGCUUAAGCAGCAGAGGUGUGCCAUCUCAGUUCUUGGGACUGGAGACUGAACCCAGCAUGUCAACCUAUGUCACAAACCUGGAUGAUACUGAGUCAACUAAAAAACCCCCAUCUGAUGAUUAUGAAGGAAGUGUCUCUUCAGUGGCGCUUGUGGACAAAAUAGAAAAAGAACCACCUCCCUCCCCUGAGAAGGUCAAACCGCCUGAAAUAGAACUGCAGCCUUUCACCAAAAUGAGGAGGAGCAGUAAGAAGACCGCUGGCUUUAAGAAGUUAAACUCUAAGAAGUGACAUUGGGUAACCAGCGAUGCCUUCCCCACACCCAGCCCCACCUCCUGGUCUCCCACCCCCCCCCCUUUAAUAAAUGCAUGUGCCUCCAGAGUCUGGAUGAGGCGGUGGGGUGGGGGGCAGGCCCCGCUCUGACUCCAGGAAGGCCAGAAGUCCCCAUGGCUAGUUUCAGGCUGGGUUCUUAAAAACUUGCUACCCCCCAACUCAGAGCUUUCUCUGUGGCCAGGAGGAAACAUGAGAAGACCAUUCUGGGGAACAAAUGUCUCACAGCCAAGGGACUGCCACUCAACCAUUCAGCAACCCUAGGGAGCCUCAGCAGGGGCUGGACUGUGUCUCCCACCCUCUGUUGAGUGGGAAAGACUUGUGAUAGAAAGUAGAGGAGAGAGGAGGACACAGAAGGGGGAGAAGAGACUGAAGCAAUGGUGGAAAGAGAUGAGAAAGCAGGCAGGAGAGAGAAGGAUGGAAGGGCAGAUAGGGAUGCCAAAGGAUGAAGGAGAACAAGAGGAAGAGGAGGAGUGGGCUGAAGGCCAGAGUCCAGCAGACACCUUGCAGGCUCUCAUUCCCAUUUAGCCCAGCAAUGGAACGUGUGGGUAGACUGGGUUCUCAUUUCCCUGAGUUCAUGGUCCUGGAGCAUCUUUUAUCAGCAUCCAGAGGCCCCAGGCAGCUCUCCUCGUGGGUGCUGACUGCCUUGUCCCUUAACUCUGAGAGAGCUGGAGAUCUCAUGACUGUACCAUUGGUAGGAACCAUAUCCCCAUAGCAAAGCUUGUGGAAGGUCUGCCUCGGCCUUUGUGCCUAGUAGAGUGCCAGGUCCCAAACUCCAGGCAGCAUUUGGCGAUGUAUUUUACAGAUAAGAGCAAGAAGGCAAAGGGCUAAAGUUCUGUUCUGUCCUUGUAGACAGAUACCCCUAAACCUGGUGAAGGUUAGAACCAAGGCUUCUGCUCAGACUACAGUCUGAAAUAAAGCCUCAGACCUGCACCUCUCUGGCCUUUAGGCCUUGUGCUCAACUGUGCCCACAGAGAUACGCUAAGUAGUUAGUGCUCUGUGCACAGGAGAAGAGGCAAGGCAGGUCCUGGAGCUAUGCAGGAUGCUUAUUGCCCUG